AUGCCCACUGCCCUCCCGCCCAUGGCGACACCGCUGCUUAAUGAGACUGCCGCCGUCUCUGCGACGGCUAUACCGGUUGCCGGUCCUCCUCCAACAAACAAUGCUUCGUCCGUUCUCAAUAUUGCUUCGAUAGUCGAGACUCCUGUGCCCGAAUCGUCGAAUCACUCAAAUGGAGCUCUGCCUUCAUCUAUCGAUCCUCCGUCCCGUACCGUUGUGAUUGUGUUCCGUCCGACUCAAGAGCAUAUCGUGCACCUGGUAGCAGAAGUGCUUGGGAAACCGUGGACAACAGAGACAUCUCUGGCAACGUUGACCAAGGCCAACGAUGCGGUUGUGGCUGGAGUUUUGGCACACGAUCUGGUACACAGUUUAGAGGGAUGCGAUAGAUCGACUCUGGUAUUGGUCAAUACACAUUGUGUGGAGGAUGGAUCUGCACCCGAGGACCAGUUAUCCGAGAUCUGUGAUUACGAGUUCCUAUACUCACAUAGUCUUUUCCUGCGACGCUAUUUAACUCGUUUCCUAUCGUUGAUUCUGGGCCAGACGAGACCGCAUGAGGAUCUCCGUACUAAGACUCGGACCAAUUUUAUCUCGACUACCUUCCCGGAUGUACAUGCUGCUUUACCGAACCUCGAUAUCCUCUCGGUUGGGUCGGAUGCGGUGGAAAUUCGUGUGGAUUUGUUGGUUGAGCCGACAUUGAAUGGAGUACCGGUUGGCUCGGUGCCUAGUCUGAAGUAUGUGGGUCAGCAAUUGAUGCUACUGCGCCAGCACACGGAGUUACCGAUUAUAUUCACCACGCGAUGCAAGAAAGAAAAUGGGAAAUUUCCCAUGGAUGACCCUGCUCUGUUUUACAAGUAUUUGCGACGGGCGAUCCAGUGGGGUGUCGAGUACGUGGAUGUUGAACUAUGGCUUCCAGAGGAUAUUCGGCGGCGCUUGGCAGAGACAAAGGGUCACAGUAUCAUCAUGUCGGCCUUCCAUGAUUUCUCCGGAUCAUGGAAGUGGACUUCGCCUGAGGCCCAGCGGAUCUUCACGGAGAGUGCCAAGUAUGCCGAUAUCGUAAAGAUGAUCGCUAUGGUUUCCACAAUCGAAGCAAACUACGAGCUCGAGUAUUUCCGCUCAACAGUUAAAAACCGUGGACCAGGCCCCUUGUUAUCUGCGGUCAACAUGGGUCAAAUGGGUCAACUUUCCCGUGCGCUUAACACCGUCUUUUCUCCUAUUACACACCCUCUUCUCCCCAUGAUUGCCGCGCCCGGUCAACUGACCGCUGCCGAGAUCAACGAGGCGUUACACAUUAUGGGGCAACUACCCAAGCGAGAUCUCUACGCGAUUGGCUCAUUCCGUGCGACGCCACACUCAAUGUUCAUGGAGAAAUGCCUGAAUGAACUAGGCCUCCCGCAUACAUUUAGCUCGAUUGAUCGCGGCCCUAAGGGCACAAUGGAAUCCGUCAUCUCGCAACCCCAAUUCGGUGGCGCCUCAGUCAACCCGCCAAUACCCAGUUCCACAGUCUAUAUCCCGUCGGUAAGCGACGCCGCGCGAGCCAUCGGCCUCGUCGAUACCAUUGCCAUGCGCCCCACUGCAGAGGGACCGAACGGGAACGGAACAUCCCUGAUCGGCGAGAACACCGCAUGGAAAGGGAUCCGGUCCACCUUAACAAGGGACUACGUACCAUCCGCGUACCGGCGCCGCGCAGCAAUUAUCCUCGCUGGAUCCGAAACAGAUGCGUCAGCCGCCAUCUUCGCGUUACGCAGUCUUGAAGUUGGGCCCAUUUACACGGUCGGCUUUAAAGCGGUUGGUCCCCUCGCUGUAGGUCUUGAACCGUUUACAUCGAUUCAGUCGGUGAAACUCGUGGAACAACCCUUUGUUAUCGUCUCGGCGUUACCACCGGAGAAAUCGCUACUCGUUCAACCUCUUUUACGACAUUAUCGUACGAAUGGUCGCUCUUCGCCACCUUCGACCCGUGGGAAGGUUUACCUUGAUUUGACGACUGGAUCUAGGAAGGGUGACCCGCUUGGUGUGGCUACUAGUGCUGGGUGGACGGCGUAUGGAUCGGAGGAUGUUAGUGCGUGGACUACGGUGGAAACGUUGAGAUUGUUGGUUGGGCAGAAUGUGCCGUUUGACUUUGUACGAAUGGCUUCUGGGCGUUCUCUGUUUUAA